UUGGCAAAGAGAUUGUGAAUUGUAUAAACAUGGCCAAGGGUGGGAUCCAUGCUGUGCUUGUAGUUUUCUCUGUUAGGACCCACUUUUCACAAGAAGAGCAAGCUGCGCUUCGUAGCUUGCAAACUUUGUUUGGUAGCAAAAUAGUUGAUUACAUGAUUGUUGUCUAUACUGGAGGAGACGAACUUGAAGAAAAUGAUGAAACUCUAGAAGAUUACUUAGGUCGUGAAUGUCCUGAGCCCUUAAAGGACAUCCUUAGCCUGUGUGCAAAUCGCCUGGUGCUUUUUGAUAACAAGACUAAGGAUGAAAGAAAGAAGGCUGGUCAAGUUCAGCAUCUUCUCUCCCUUGUAAACAACGUCAUAGCACAGAAUGGUGGACAACCAUACACAGAUGAGAUAUUUACUGAAGUUAAGCAAGGUGCUAUGAAACCUCAGGGAAGCCAGGGCCUUAAGGUUUAAGAUUUAAUCAAACUU